AUACAACGCUGAAAAGGGAACCACCUCAGGUGCCCAACUCCGAUUUCCUUCAUUCAUACCUCGUUUUAUAGAGCACAUCGAGCUGGUAAAAAGCCUAAAAGGAGUUUUGCCCAUGGCUCUUGAAGUCUCGGUUUUCUGCAAAACCAGUUUUUGAGAAAUUCUAAAAAAUAAUCAAAACCUUUCAUAUUGAGGCAUAAUUAUAGCUCGCGCAUUUCUGAUUAAAAUGAGACGUCUUCCAGAUCUACAUGAUCUUUCGUUGUAAAAUUAUAGAAUUUACAAGAAAAGUCCUAAUUAAUUUCUUAUUUCUACAGCUUUGAGCUGACAAUGAACAUUUAGGGCUUUUCUUGUAAAUUCUGCAACUUUGUAAAGAAAGGUCGUGUAGAGCUGAGAGACGUCUCAUUUUAAUCAGAAAUGUGCAAGCUAUAAUUAUGUCUCAUUAUGAAAGGUUUUGAUUAUUUUUUAGAAUUUCUCAAAAACUGGUUUUGCAGAAAACCGAGACUUCAAGAGCCAUGGGCAAAAAUCCUUUUAGGCUUUAUACCAGCUCGAUGUGCUCUAUAAAACGAGGUAUGAAUGAAGGAAAUCGGAGUUGGGGACCUGGGGUGGUUCCCUCGUGAGUGAAUAUUUUCAUAUUGAAUAUGAGUACUCACUGAAAAUGCUCAAAAAUUGUUAGUAGAACUCAUGGCCACUCAUGGACAAAUUAUGAGUAAAGUCAUACUCAUAGUAUGAGUACUUUGGUUAGGGAGGAUGAUCGGCUAAUAUUUUAGUUGAAAUCUUUUUUUCCUUAAUCAAGUUUAUUGCCUACACAAAAUUAGCAGCCAUAAAAGGUCUUCGUGAACAAUUACAAAACAAUGGUACUUUCGAUCUAUAUAGAAAUGGUACAUUGAAAUGGAAUGGAACAACACCUAUGUUAUGGAAUGACAGAUCAUUUGUUAUCUUAACCUAUAGUAUAUCUGGUUUUGCUAAUUUUGGUUCAGUGGGCCAAAUACUAGCUUUGCUCAGUACAAUGGCACUAGAUCGUAAAGGAACAUUCACAAAAAUAGCGUUGAGAACAUUAAUUGCAGCAAAUAUGGUCUCACUCAUGGGAGCGUGUAUAGCAGGCCUUUUAUACGAUCCAGCAAGAAAAUAA